AUGGGGGUUGCAGAGGACUUCGCCCCAAGCUUCACCCAAAAACCGCAGCUGCGGCAGGAGGAUGAGGGUAACCGCCUUGUAUUCGAGUGUAAAGUACUCUGUUCUCCUAAACCAGAAAUAACAUGGUUUCGUAGUGACACAAAACUUAUCGAGGACAAUAGAACUUCUAUUAAAGUACAAUCAAUAGGGACAAAUUUAUAUGCAGUGGUUUUAGAACUUGAUGAUGUGAUAGAAAGUGACGCAGGGCUUUAUAAAGUUAAGGCCAAAAAUAAAUUAGGAGAAGUUGCUGCAUCAAUAAACCUCAACUUUAGUCGUAAGUAUUUUAAUUAA